CGGCCUUUGAAACGCUAUAUAAAGUGACAAAGCUGGCUCGUUCGCGGGCUCGCUCGGGUAUCUCCGCUUCGGCUUAAACUCGCGCUUUCCGGCCGCGUCGCGAUUUGGAAAGAAUUACGAUCACGGUUUUUCCACGAGUUCCUAUCGGCAGCCGAUCAAGCAGUAGACGCGACGAGGUGAUUACACGUGAUUCUCGAUUUAAAAAACGCUCCGCCGCAGUGCCGUUUCUCUUCCGAGGAUGUCACGUUUUAAAUCAUGUAUCGCUCAGGAAAAAAAAACAUUUACAAUGAAGUGUUGUAUCUUGCUACUUUGCGUCGUGGCGGUUUUACGGAAUUCUGAAGCGCUGUCUAAAGGAUCCACGAAUUACGAAGAUAUGUCCUUCUGGCUGAAGUCCGGCCAAGAGACCCUGCACAAGAUCCUGACCCACCGGAACAACGAGAACCGUGCCAGGAAUGUGAUCAUCUUCAUCGGAGACGGUAUGGGUCUGUCUACCAUCACGUCCGGCCGAAUUUACAAAGGUCAGCUCAAAGGCCUGUCUGGUGAGGAAUAUCAACUCGCGUUCGAGAAGUUCCCCAACACCGGUCUCGCCAAGACUUACAACGUGGACAUGCAGGUACCUGAUUCCGCGGGAACGGCCACUGCUAUGUUCUCCGGCGUGAAAUGUCGAUAUAGUGUUUUGGGACUGGAUGCUAGAGCUCAGAGGAAGCAAUGCGACAAAAAGAUCAACGAAGUUAGCAAAUUGACGACAAUAGCUGACUGGGCGCAACAGUCUGGCAAAGACACUGGUUUUGUUACCACAACUCGUGUGACCCACGCCACCCCUGCGGCAUUGUACGCGCAUACUAACAGUCGAGAUUGGGAGUGCGACACCAAAAUUCCGACGGACCAGAGAACUUGUGUCAAGGAUAUCGCGAGACAACUUAUGGAGGAUGAACCGGGAAAUAAAUUCAAAGUUAUCAUGGGUGGCGGUGGACAAUAUUUGGGUGUGCCUAUGAAAUCAGAUGAUGCAGACUCUUGUACACGGGACGACGGUAGAGAUUUGGUGAAGGAAUGGCAAGCGACAUAUCCGGAAGGGAAAUUCGUCAACAACACGCAAGACCUCAUGUCCGUCGACAUUAGCAAAACGUCUCACGUUCUCGGAAUUUUCUCGGGCAGUCACAUGCCCUAUCACGCCGUGAAGAACAGCGAGACGCCUUCGUUAUCCAAUAUGACAUUGCAAGCCAUAAGAAUGUUGAAGAAGAACAAAAACGGAUUUCUUUUGAUGGUGGAAAGCGGUAAAAUCGAUCUAGCUCAUCAUGCCAACUUCGCGAAGCUAGCAAUGCGUGAAUUAUCAGAGCUCGAAGAAGCGAUCCUAAUAGCUCUUCAGCAGGUGAAAGUGGAGGAAACAUUGAUCAUCGUCACUGCUGAUCACUCGCAUUCGUUUUCAUUAAACGGAUAUCCUAAGAGAGGCAAUGACAUCCUUGGCUUCGGUAAUAAACCCGAUGAACCGAACGUCAAGCCUUACGAAACACUAGCCUACAUUAACGGUCCAGGAUUUUAUUACCAUCGAAAAAACGACAGUAAUAACGUCAACGAGACCUGGAGACAAGUCAAAGAGGAUACAACUCGCGGUGAACCUUUUUAUAGAAACUUUGCCGGCAUCUACCUCAAAGAUGAGACUCAUGGUGGAGAAGACGUCGGGGUUUACGCUAUUGGCCCCUAUGCGCAUUUGUUUCGAGGUACUUUUGAGCAAAAUUAUAUUGCUCACGCCAUAGCAUAUGCGGCAUGCUUCAAAGACUGGCCAUCUCAUUGCGAUGACGCUUAUCAUCGUUACUUUUACGCCAUCAACACCGCAAAACAAAAUAGCAAAUGGGACAAUUCAGCAGGACAAAAUAUCAUAUCGUCCACAAUAGUUACGAUAGUUCUCUCACUGACGGUAAUAUUUUUACAAUUUUGCUAAAUAUGAGUACCCAAAUAUGUAUUCGUAAUUAAUUUAAAAAAAAUUUACUUUGAUACAUUUCUCUGAAGAGUUUUUAUCUAUCGGCCAUUAAGAGUAAAACGUGUUUAUAAUAUAAUAUCACGUAUCAAACAUAAAUACUAUUUAAUAUUGCCAUCAAAAUAUAAAAAAUAUGAUUUUGUUCCAUAUUUUUGUACAGUAAAUUUCGUGAUAUGUAAUAGUCAAAAUUGUAUAAAAAAUUUUGUAAAAAACACUGCAAUUUUGAAAAUUGUAUAAAAAAUUUUGUAAAAAACACUGCAAUUUUGAAAAUUGUUAACAUUCUUUUCGAAGUACAAACAGAAUGAAAACGUUUUAUGUACUUUUAUGUGUUACUUAUACAAAGAAAAUAGAUGUAUAUAUUUGUGCAUAUACAUAUUACUACAUAUUUAUAUUACUA